GCGGAGGCCAAUUUUGAAAACCCCUACUCUGUCCUCACCAUCACCAAUUCACCGUCAUUACGCCCCCGCGAAGCCUCCCUCCUUCCAAUCUCAGCCGUCGAAAUGGCUCAUCUCCAGCCCUAUGAUCCCUACUACCUCCACCACCACCACCAACCUCCACCACUACAACAAGAGUACGACAAGGACCGGAGCGGGAUCAACACGCUCUUCGUAUCGGGGCUCCCAGAUGACGUCAGGGCGCGUGAGAUUCACAACCUCUUCCGCCGCCGCCCCGGCUUCGAUUCUUGCCAGCUCAAGUACACCGGCCGCGGCAACCAGGUCGUGGCGUUCGCUACCUUUUUCAAUCAUCAAUCGGCAAUUGCAGCAUUACACGCGUUAAAUGGUGUAAAAUUUGAUCCUCAAACUGGAUCUGUUCUGCAUAUCGAACUGGCCAGAUCAAACUCCAGAAGAAAACGUAAACCAGGUAGUGGAGCCUAUGUUGUUAUAGAUAAAAGAACUAAAGCAGACAUAAAUGCCCAAGAAACAUCUAGUGACGAUGGAGACAGCGAAUCCGAUGAACCAUCUGAGACCGGCAAUCCUGAUUCUGGCGAGAAUGGUGAUUUAGCGGCCUCGAAAAGUGGUGAGACAGCGAUUGGUCCUGACAAUGCUGGAGCUUCAUUAAAUGAGCAGCCAGAAAAGACUGUUGAUGGAGGAGCAUGUUCCACUCUAUUUAUUGCAAAUCUAGGACCAAAUUGCACUGAAGAUGAACUGAAGCAAGUUCUGUCUCAAUACCCUGGAUUCAAUUCUCUCAAAGUGCGUGCUAAAGGUGGGAUGCCAGUUGCAUUUGCGGACUUCGAGGAAAUUGAACAAGCUAACAUGGUUAUGGAGCAACUUCAGGACAGCUUGUUACCAUCAUCAGACCGGGGGGGCAUGCAUAUAGAAUAUGCAAGGUCUAAAAUGAGGAAGCGGUAGAAGAAAAGCGCACGAGGUGGCAAGUAAACAGAUGAGUUUUGAGAUUGCUUUUCUUAGUCUUAGUUAACUAAUGAGUUUUGAAACCCAACGGUGUAAAUCUAUAGAUAAGUGCUGUUUCUGGAAGUGUUUGCGAAGUUUGACUAGGACUGUAAUGUUGCUAAUCGUCAAUGUUCUCUUAUUCAAUUUCUGAAGAUAUAUGGUGGCAGCUUCUGCUUAUACAAUAUUUUCAAAUGACCCUCA